GCAUCUGGGUGGUCCAACGCGAGGCCAGCAGCCCAAUGCGCCGGUCGCAAGACGCGACACCGGUUCACCAGAUGAACGUACAGCAUACGACGUCGCAGAUGUCAACUGGUACGCCCGUGAAUGCACAAGGGGUUGACGACAAGGGCACUGGGCUCAUGGCUACCCGUUUUGGUGGGCAGCAGGAGAGCGACAUGUUGGAGAAGCUGGGUGACAAAUACAAGGAUGCCGCGCCACUAGCAGAUGCUGAGACGGCCCAUGUUCAGCUGGUAUCUUUGGGCAGCUACUGUGGUCCGAAGUUGUCCUUUCAGAAGAUGGGUCGCGGUGCAGAGACCUUGCCCUUUGACUGGAUCCGCACCCGGAUGAGUGGAAUUCUUCGAUUACUGC